AGGAUAUUCGGAAAUUCUUUGGGGUUGUACCAAGUGGAAAGAAACUUGUAAGUGAAACAGUAAAGAAGAAUGAGAAAUCAAAGUCUGCUGAAGAAACUUUAAAAACAAAGAAAGGAAUAAAGGAAAUCAAGCACUUUUAAAGACAUUUCACUGUUUUUUUGGCCUCCAUUUUUCUGGUGAGAUGUUAGCAGGUAAAUAGUUCUUGUAAGGACGAUGACUUCCAACAGAAGCAACCAAGCAAGAAAAAGAGAAUCAUCUAUGAUUCAGAUUCAGAAUCAGAGGAGACAGUGCAGGUGAAAAACACCAGAAAGCGACCAGAAAAAUUGCCACUGUCUUCUAAACCUGCUAAAAUUCGACACCAGGAUCCUGUUACAUACAUUUCAGAAACAGAUGAAGAAGAUGACUUUGUGUGUAAGAAGGCAGCCUCUAAAUCUAAAGAGAAUGGAGGAUCUACAAAUAAUUAUCUUGGAGCAUCAAACAUGAAAAAGAAUGAAGAAAACACUAAGGCCAAGAAUAAGCCAUUGUCACCAAUAAAACUUACCCCCACGUCAGUGCUUGAUUAUUUUGGAACUGGAAGUGUUCAAAGAUCAGAUAAGAAGAUGGUUGCCAGCAGAAAAAAAGAACCUUCCCAAAAUGCAGAUGAUUCCAGAUUAAAUGACGAAGCCAUUGCCAAGCAGUUACAACUUGAUGAAGAUGCAGAGCUGGAGAGACAGCUGCAUGAGGAUGAAGAGUUUGCCAGAACAUUAGCCAUGUUGGAUGAAGAACCCAAGGCCAAAAAGGCUCUAAAGGACCUGGAAGAGAGAGAGACAUUUUCAUCUCUACAAGCUAGUUUAUGUAAAGCAGAAAAACCUAAAUAUCCUCAUAAAGAGCGAUUUUCAGAUGAAAGAAAGAACUACAGUCCUAAGAAGCAAAAAUGUGAAAGUUCAAAAGAAUCUCAGCCACAUUCCAGGUCAUCAGCUCAUAAAAUAAGAGAAACUUCUUCUCCAAAAGCCAGUUCCAAGCUGGCACUUUUGAAAAGAAAAGAAGAGAGUUCUAAUAACAAAACAGAGCCGAUGGGCUCCAAAAGGAAAGAAGAUGCCAUUGAAUUAAAAGAGACCAGAACUCCUAAGAAAAUCAAAGGUUCUCCAGCUAAAAAAGAGUCCAUAAGUCCCGAAGAUUCUGAAAAGAGACGUACUAAUUAUCAGGCUUAUCGAAGCUACUUAAAUCGAGAAGGUCCCAAAGCUCUGGGCUCCAAAGAAAUACCAAAGGGAGCUGAAAAUUGCUUGGAAGGCCUUACGUUUGUAAUCACAGGAGUGCUGGAGUCCAUUGAAAGAGAUGAGGCCAAGUCUCUAAUUGAGCGUUAUGGGGGAAAAGUAACAGGAAAUGUCAGCAAGAAAACAAACUACCUUGUCAUGGGUCGUGAUAGCGGUCAGUCCAAGAGCGGUAAGGCAGCAGCCUUGGGAACAAAAAUUAUUGAUGAGGAUGGCCUAUUGAAUCUGAUUCGAACUAUGCCAGGCAAGAAGUCCAAGUAUGAAAUAGCAGUUGAGGCUGAGAUGAAGAAAGAAAAAUCCAAAUUGGAAAGAACACCCCAAAAAAAGGAUCAAGGAAAAAGAAAAGUUAGUCCAACUAAGAAGGAAUCAGAAUCUAAAAAGUGCAAACAGACUCCCAAAAGGGAAAGCUCUAUAAAUUCAAUAAAAAAGGAAACCAGUGUGUUUCGGAAAGGCCUGGACUUCAAGGAGCAGGUGGCUGAGGAGACAGAUGGUGACAGCCGGGCUAGGAAUUUGGCUGAUGACAGCAGUGAAAACAAAGUGGAAAAUUUGCUCUGGGUGGAUAAAUAUAAGCCAGCCUCGCUCAAGACCAUAAUUGGACAGCAAGGUGACCAGAGCUGUGCCAACAAACUCCUACGCUGGCUCCAAAACUGGCACAAGAGUCCAUCCGAAGAUAAGAAACGCGCAGCAAAAUUUGGUAAAUUUGCUGGCAAAGAUGAUGGCUCCAGUUUUAAAGCUGCAUUGCUCUCAGGCCCUCCAGGUGUUGGCAAAACCACCACAGCUUCUCUGGUUUGUCAGGAAUUGGGAUAUAGCUAUGUGGAACUGAAUGCAAGUGACACUCGGAGUAAGAACAGUUUGAAGGAGAUUAUUGCUGAGUCGCUGAAUAAUACCAGCAUCAAAGGCUUUUAUUCAAGUGGAGCAGCCCAUUCAGUAAGCACGAAACAUGCUCUCAUCAUGGAUGAAGUAGAUGGCAUGGCAGGCAAUGAGGACAGGGGAGGAAUUCAGGAAUUAAUUGGUUUGAUAAAACAUACAAAAAUUCCCAUUAUUUGUAUGUGCAAUGAUAGAAAUCACCCCAAGAUUCGCUCCUUGGUUCAUUAUUGUUUCGAUCUUCGUUUUCAAAGACCUCGGGUUGAACAGAUUAAGGGUGCUAUGAUGUCUAUUGCAUUUAAAGAGGGUUUAAAAAUCCCCCCUCCAGCUAUGAAUGAAAUAAUUUUGGGAGCCAAUCAAGAUAUUAGACAGGUUUUACAUAAUCUGAGUAUGUGGUGUGCACGAAGUAAGGCACUAACCUAUGACCAGGCUAAGGCUGAUUCUCACAGAGCCAAAAAGGAUAUCAAACUGGGCCCAUUUGAUGUUGCCCGAAAGGUGUUUGUAACUGGAGAGGAGACUGCUCAUAUGUCACUUAUGGACAAGUCGGAUCUCUUUUUCCAUGAUUAUUCAAUAGCACCGCUCUUUGUCCAGGAGAACUACAUUCACGUGAAGCCUGUAGCUGCAGGAGGUGACAUGAAAAAGCACCUGAUGCUUUUAAGCAGAGCAGCAGACAGCAUUUGUGAUGGUGACCUAGUGGACCGUCAGAUCCGCAAUAAGCAAAACUGGAGCCUUCUGCCCACACAGGCCAUUUAUGCCAGUGUUCUUCCCGGAGAGUUAAUGAGGGGGUACAUGACCCAGUUUCCCUCCUUCCCAAGCUGGUUGGGGAAGCACUCAUCUGCGGGCAAACACGAUCGUAUUGUUCAGGACCUAGCAUUGCAUAUGAGUCUCAGAACUUACUCCAGCAAAAGGACUGUAAACAUGGAUUAUCUGUCACAUAUAAGGGAUGCACUUGUACAGCCCUUGACCUCACAAGGGGUGGAAGGAGUACAAGAUGCUGUUGCUCUUAUGGACACAUAUUAUUUGAUGAAAGAAGACUUUGAGAAUAUUAUGGAAAUUAGCAGCUGGGGAGGCAGACCUAGUCCUUUCUCCAAGCUGGAUCCCAAGGUGAAAGCAGCCUUCACAAGAGCUUACAAUAAGGAAGCCCACCUUACUCCGUAUUCACUGCAGGCAGUAAAGACACACAGACACAGCACAGGUCCAGUGCUGGAUUCUGAAUACAACGAAGAGUUAAAUGAAGAUGACUCUCAAUCUGAUGAGAAAGACCAGGACACUUUAGAAAGUGAUGCUAUGAUCAAGAAAAAGCCGAAACCUUCAAAAUCAGAAAAAGAUAAGGAGUCCAGAAAAGGAAAAGGGAAAAGUUCAAAGAAAUGAAACUGUUUUUGACUGCUGACAGCCACUUUUUACUCACCCUGCUGACCAGUCUAGCUGGUCUAGAGAAUGCCUUGUUUUUCCAUAGGAACCAUGUUGUAGUGUAAUGGGGCAACCUCAUGGUCCCGUUACAAAUCAACAGUGGUGCAGCUAGAAGGAUGCAAGCAGUAGGCUGGUAUGCACCUCUUAUAGAGGUUGAUAGGACUCCUUGGGUCCUCCACUAUCCCUUGUCAAUCCAAUGAGAUUGUACUUCAAAAUGACUGUAUAAUCAGAAUUUGGAGUCAGAUUUUAGUUAAUGGUAAUAUGUCUGGGAACAGAGGUACUAAGGUGGCUUUUGUAGGCUUAAGAAUUUAUCCUAAUGGCCAUUAUAGGACCAAUGCUGAUUUUCUUAAAAAGGGUAGUUAACUAUUAUGUGGUGAAAUUUUGUAAAUAAAUUAUAAUACAAAACAGUCACCACCUAGAGCUGGAUAUUCUUUGUACAUUGUCAGAUAUCUUACAAAAUAUAAAUUAGGGAUAACAAUAUUCCACAAUACAUGUACAGAUUCUUAAGAUUGUCAUCUUAUACGGUAAAAUAUUAUGUCGGUAUAUUUUUUCCUUAUUAAUUUGCAAAUGAUUGGAUAAAAAAACUAAGUAUAUUCUUACUAACCUUUGUGUGAAACAUAACUUUGGCAAUUGACGAGUCAGAACUCUCAUUUGCCGCUUCAUUGCCGCAUGAGGGUCAGCCACACCUCUGCUGCGAAUAGAAUUUCAUGGAGAGGCCUCCUUGUUACUACUAGAAGGUGUUGUGGCUGCAGAAAGAUUGUCAUACAUUCCUAUCCUUCCAGAGUCUCAACCCAUCAGUUUCAAACCAGCAGGGUGUAGGCUGGGUCAGACUUUCUCCUCACUCUGCUUUGGGACAAAAUUAACACUGGCUUUUGUUUACUUUGUCUCUGGGAGAGCCAGUUCUGUCCUGAUAAGAGUCCACAGACCUUACUGGAACUUUAGAUUAUGCCUGUAAGUGUGCUUGUUGAGGGGCCCUGAGGCUGUGGAACUAACUUGGAAUUUGAGUGUCUAGUGAUUUUUUUUAAUCUUGUCAGUGAAUGCUCAGGGGUAUGUGCUCCUUCUCUGAGCUAAGUGCUAAAAGGAAUGUAAAAUCAGGAUUCUGUUCCCUGCUUUUAAGGAACUGAUAGUUUUAUUUGGGAAGUCAAAGUUGAGAUUUUUCCCCCACCUUUUUGGGCCACCUCAUGGCAUAUGGAGUUCCCAGGCCAGGGUUCAGAUCUGAGCCACAGCCGCAGUUUUGGCAAUGCUGGAUCCUUAGUGUGGUGGGCCAGGGAUCAAACCUGCGUCCUAGCACUGCUGAUCCCAUUGUGCCACAGAGGGAACUCCAAGAUACUUAAAGUGUAUUUACGAAUGUGAAAAAUGUCUUUCUUGUAGAUUAAGUUCGUUAUGGGAAUAAAACAUUGCCUUAAGCCUUUGCCUACUAAGCCAUGUCCCUCUCUUUAUUAAAGCCCUGCUUGAAACUUCUGCUUCAGUGAAGACUUCCUUGAUUGAUGACUGCCUCACCUUGCCAGUGGGGUGAGCAUAAAUUUCUUAGGCAUAUUCAUCUAUUUCUAUUGCUUUUGGACAUGCAGAUCAUAUCUUGCCCUGUGCUCCCCAGGAAAAGGGGCUGUUCUCCUUGCAGCCUGAACAACUGACAGUGUCCUUUACUUGUUAAUUGUGAUUUGGAGCAACCAGUAAAUCCUUAUUGGGGCCACUGGAUGCAACAUAUCUUUGUAGCAUAAAACUGUAUACUUGCUUUUUUGAGAUCCACUGAGUCUUGCCAUCAGUAAUCUGUAGCUAACUAUGACUAUUAUUACUACCAUUUCAUCCAUCAUUUAAGUUUUGGCACUUUAUUAUUUGCAGCACCAUUAGUUGCCCUCUUAAAGUUGUUAACAAGAAGCACACUGUUAGAUAUACUAGGAGGUGUGUCUUCCUAAAUAAGUUAUGGUACAGUUAUGCUCAUUAAGGCCUAUAACUCCCCAAAUAUAAUGUGUUUACCCUCAUAGAUUCCCGUCUGCUUAUGGCUCUUAUUACUCUCAUAACCUGCAACAUCCCUUGAGUGAUAAUGGAAAACAGAGGGACUGUGGAUGGGUUUAAUGGUAAUGACUUGUAUCACUUAGUAAGCCCAAGGCCUCUACCAGCCUUUGGGAGGGAGGAAUGGAUCAUAACACACUGGAGCCAUGCAUAUGGUACUUCGAUGCUAUAAAACGUUAUUGGCAUUUUGGGUUCUACUCUGGGCUCUGUAACACUCAGGAUGCUGGUGGCUAUACUGUAAAAUCAUAUCACAAAAAGUUAGGCUACAUGACUGACUGUCAGCUGCUCAGACUUUGGUAUGUUGGUUUUGGAUGGCAGGGAAGCCCACACUGAUGUGUAUAGUAUGGGAUGUGUGUGAUAUGGAAAAGGGCCUUCCACCCACCUUGGGGAAGAUUCUGAAUUACAUCUUCAGGAGAAGUUAGCUGAUUUAGAGACAUAAUACACCUAUAGUUUCAUUCAUUCUUUCAAAUGUUAUUUUUUUGUCUUUUUAGGGCUGCACCUGCUGCAUGUGGAGGUUCCCAGGCUAGGGGUCUAAUCAGAGCUGUAGAUGCCAGCCUACACCACAGCCACGCCAGAUCCUUAACCCACUGAGUGAGGCCAGGGAUCAAACCCACAACCUCAUGGAUUUUACCAAUUUUUGAUGUUUUUAUUCUAGGACUGAUUUUGCGAGAUAGCCUUGUUUUGUGCAAGUCUCUUAGUUCAAACUUUUUAACACCAACAUCUAUGCUGCUGCUUCACAAUAUGCUUCAAAGCAUCUUUUCUGUCUUUAAAUCCAGGAAAACAUCACAAAUAUCUAAACAAUAAGUUUAUUUUAAAGGAGGUAUUUUAAAAUAUAAAAGAUAUCAAAAAGCUGAAUAUUUACAGUUAUGUCAUAGGUUACCAUUACCAGUGCAGAGCUUAGACUAUGUAAGACUCAGAAGGAGAAAUAUACAAAGUAUAAUAAACAGCAUGUUACAUAUCACUGUUGUGCCACUUUAUAGAAGGCGAAAAUAGUGACCUGGAGAGGUGACCUUUUUUUCCUCCUAUAUCCAGGAAGGACCAUCUCUAAAAUCUGCCAGGGGUAGGAACACAGUCUCCUGUGGAAAAAUGCUAUUUUCUCAGGAACAUUGUACCUAGAAAGGACACAAAAACCAAAAAAUAUGCUUUUAGAAGGGUUUCAAAUAAUGACUGGCAUUUAGUUAAAAAGCCAAGCAUAAGAAGAUUUUUUUGCUGUUUUCUGGAAUGUGGAACAGGAUCACUACAUUCAAGUGAGAAAUUUCUAGUCUUUAUAAUUAACGCUGAGUUUCAGUCUUGACCUUUCAACUGACUAAAAUUGCUUGGGCAAGCUGCUGAACUCUGCAGUUAUAAACUGAAGAUGAUGAUACAGCCACCUUACUGGGAUGAAAAAAUGCAAAGUUGGUGUUCAGCAACUCAACCCAAAGAGACCCAUAUCAAGACACAUUAUAAUUAAAUUGCAACAGUUUUAAGACAAGACUUUUAAAAGCAGCAAAAGAAGAUAACUUGUUAUGUACUAGGGAAACCCCCUCCCCCCCAUAAGACUGUCAGAUUUUUCAGCAGAAACUUUGCAGGCUAAGAGAAGAGUGGACUGAUAAAUUCAAAAUGCUGAAAGAAUACUGUAAACCAAGAAUGCUGUACCUGCCAAAGGCAUCCUUCAAAGCUGAAGAAGAGAGAGUUUCCUGACAAGGAAAAGCUAAAAAAGGUUCGUCAUCACUAGACUAACCUUUCAAGAAAUAUUAGAGAUUUCUUUAAUCCAAAAGGUAAGGACAGUAACUAAUAAAAGGAAAAUAUGUGAAAUUGUAAGUUUUGAUGGUAAAGGUAUACAGUUAAAUUCAGAAUUAGCUAAUGUAAUAGUAAGUACUUAGAAACCUACUGUGAAGGUUAAAGACAAAAGUAGUAGAAAUAACCAUAAUGUUAAUGGAUACACAAGAUAAAAAGGUACAAAUUGUGACAUCAAAAAUAAAGAAUGUGGAUGAGUAGAAAGAGUAAAGUGAGCUUUAGAAUGAAUGCAUGGGAACUUAAGUUAUUAUCAACUUCAAAUAAACUUAUAUUUUAUGUAAGUCUCAUGGUACCCACAAAGCAAAACCUAUAGUAGACAAAAAAAAAAAAAAAAAAAAAGGAAUC